AGGCCGGUGAUUUGAUGGAUUUUUUUUUUUAAUCUAAGAAAGGAUAAUAAAAAUUGUUCAUAUUGAGACGUGACAUUAUCAAACCCAAACAUGGAAGGGAAGGACGAAAUGGAAAUGCUGGAUGCAGCCAAACACGAACCAAACGGAGAUUUAAGUGAAAGCAAGAAGGAUGAAAAGGAGAAAGAAAAGGAGAUGCCCAUGGUUGGCCCCAUUGCUGUGUUCAGGUUUGCGAGCACCUUGGACAUUGUGUUGAUCUUGGUUGGGACAGUGCUGGCCAUGGUCCACGGUGUGUUGCUCCCUCUCAUGUGUAUCGUGUUUGGGGACAUGACAGACAGCUUUAUAAAGGACUCUGCAAUGCAUAACAACAUCAGCCACCACAAUAUGCCCAACAUACAUGUAAACAGCACCUUACAGUCUGAUAUGACGAGGUUUGCCAUCUACUACUCCAUCAUGGGUUUCGUGGUGCUGGUGGCAGCCUACGGGCAGGUGGCCUUCUGGAGCCUGUCAGCCGCCCGGCAAGCCACACGCAUCCGCAAGUUGUUUUUCCACCGCAUCAUGCAGCAGGACAUCGGCUGGUUCGAUGUCGUCGAGACGGGAGAGCUCAACACGCGUCUCACAGAUGAUAUUUACAAGAUCCAAGAGGGUAUUGGCGACAAGGCCGGGAAGCUUAUUCAGGCCUUCUCCACCUUACUGUCAGCCUUCAUCAUCGGCUUCAUCAAAGGCUGGAAACUCACUCUCGUUAUCCUGGCUGUGAGCCCGUUGCUGGGAAUUUCAGCAGCACUUUUCUCGAAGGUGCUGGCGACUUUCACUACAAAAGAGCAGAGUGCAUACGCUAAAGCUGGAGCUGUGGCAGAAGAGGUGCUCUCUGCUGUCAGGACAGUGUUCGCCUUCAAUGGUCAGGAAAGAGAAAUCAAAAGAUAUAAUAAGAAUUUGGAGGAUGCGAAGAGCAUGGGAAUAAAGAAGGCGACGUCUGCUAACUUAUCAAUGGGCUUCACUUAUAUGGUGGUCUACCUGUCGUACGCUCUGGCUUUCUGGUACGGAAGCAAGCUCAUCCUGGAUGGGGAGUACACUAUUGGAAAUUUACUCACUGUGUUCUUCGUCGUGCUUAUCGGAGUGUUCACUUUGGGACAGGCCUCUCCUAACUUCGAGACCUUUGCCAGCGCCCGAGGAGCUGCACAUAAAGUGUACAGCAUUAUUGAUCACGAACCCACCAUCGACAGCUAUUCAGAGGCCGGCUACAAACCCGACCACAUCACAGGAAACAUAGAGUUUCAGAACAUCCACUUCAGCUACCCCUCGAGGCCGGACAUCAAGGUCUUAAAUAAUUUGUGUCUGAGUGUGAGGAGCGGACAGACCAUCGCCUUGGUGGGUAGCAGCGGCUGUGGUAAAAGUACCACGAUCCAGCUGCUGCAGCGGUUCUACGAUCCUCAGGAAGGAGCUGUGACUAUUGACGAUCACGACAUCCGUACUCUUAACGUCCGCUACCUGAGAGAGAUGAUCGGAGUGGUGAGUCAGGAGCCCGUCCUCUUUGCCACCACCAUCUCUGAGAACAUCAGAUACGGCCGACUUGACGUGACGCAGUGGGAGAUCGAACAAGCUGCCAAGGAGGCGAACGCUUACGACUUCAUUAUGAACCUUCCUGAUAAGUUUGAGACGAUGGUUGGAGACCGAGGGACACAAAUGAGUGGAGGACAGAAACAGAGGAUUGCGAUUGCUCGAGCUCUUGUCCGCAACCCGAAAAUCCUUCUGUUGGACGAAGCCACAUCUGCUCUUGAUGCUGAGAGUGAGACCAUUGUGCAAUCGGCACUCGACAAGGUCAGAUUGGGUCGUACCACCAUCGUUGUUGCCCACCGCCUUUCAACCAUCAGAAAUGCGGAUGUUAUCGCUGGUUUCCAAAAAGGAGAAGUUGUAGAGUUGGGGACUCACAGCCAACUGAUGGAACAUAAGGGAGUCUACCAUACGCUGGUCACCAUGCAGACCUUUCAAGAACUAGAGGAGCAGGUGGAGGAAGAGUUUGAGCCUUCUGCGGACGGGAAGAAGAGCCUGUUAGCCAGGUCCCCCUCUCGGUCUUCUCUGCACAGGAGAAAGUCCACAAGGGGUUCCUCCUUCACUGGCUCAGAGGCAGAUAAAGAGGAGAGAGAAAAGUUCAAGACGAACGAUGUGGCAGAGGAGGAAGAUGUUCCCCCCGUGUCGUUCUUCGAAUUGAUGCGUCUCAAUGCUGAAGAGUGGCCGUACAUUUUGGUUGGGACCAUCUGUGCCAUCAUCAACGGAGUGAUGCAGCCGAUGUUCGCCGUAAUCUUUACCAAGAUCAUCACUAUUUUUGCAAACCCAGACCAUGACAUUGUCAGGCAAAAAACCUCUUUCUUCUCUCUGAUGUUUGUUGCUAUUGGGGCUGUAAGCUUUGUCGCCAUGUUUCUACAGGGCUUCUGUUUUGGUAAAUCUGGAGAGAUUCUGACCCUUAAACUGAGACUCAGGGCCUUUCAAGCCAUGAUGAGACAGGACCUUGGCUGGUUUGAUGACCCCAACAACAGUGUUGGAGCGCUCACAACGAGAUUGGCCACAGACGCUGCCCAAGUACAAGGGGCUACAGGUGUACGUAUGGCCAUGAUGGCCCAAAACAUAGCCAACAUGGGCACCAGCGUGGUCAUUGCCUUUGUGUACGGCUGGGAGCUGACCCUGCUCAUCCUGGCUGUGGUGCCCGUCAUGGCAUUGGCUGGAGCUUUGGAGAUGAAGGCGCUCACAGGAAAUGCUACCGAAGACAAAAAGGAGCUGGAGAAGUCUGGAAAGGUUGCUACAGAGGCCAUUGAGAAUAUCCGAACUGUUGUCUCUCUCAACAGAGAACCCAAGUUUGAGUCUUUAUAUCAGGAAAAGCUCGAACUACCAUUCAAGAACUCUCAGAAAAGCUCUCAUGUGUACGGCAUCACUUUCUCCUUCAGCCAGGCCAUGAUCUACUUUGCUUAUGCAGGCUGUUUCCGCUUCGGAGCUUGGCUCAUUAUGAAAGGCAGGAUGGAUCUGGAGGGGGUGUUUCUUGUGGUUGCUGCUGUCCUGUACGGUGCCAUGGCUCUUGGAGAGGCCAACUCCUUCGCUCCAAGCUACGCCAAGGCCAAAAUCUCAGCAUCCCAUCUCAUGAUGCUGCUGAACAAAGAACCCGCCAUCGACAAUCUGUCACACGAGGGAGAGAAACCGGAGGAAUUUGACGGUAACGUGCAGUUUGAGCAUGUGAAGUUUAACUACCCUUCGCGCCCUGAUGUGCCCAUCCUCCAAGGGCUGAAUCUGCAGGUGAAAAAGGGAGAGACUUUAGCUUUGGUGGGGAGCAGCGGCUGCGGAAAGAGCACCACCAUCCAGCUGCUGGAGAGGUUCUACGACCCCAGAGAGGGGAGAGUGAUGCUGGACAACAUAAAUGUAAAAGAUUUGAACAUCCACUGGCUGAGAUCGCAGAUAGGCAUCGUAUCGCAGGAGCCCGUGCUGUUCGACUGCACCCUGGGUGAAAACAUCGCCUAUGGGGACAACAGCCGAACCGUGACCCUGGAGGAGAUAGAGGAGGCUGCCAGAGGGGCCAACAUUCACAGCUUCAUAGAGGGCCUGCCUCAGAAAUACAACACUCAGGCAGGUGAUAAGGGAGCGCAGCUGUCAGGUGGCCAGAAGCAGCGUAUCGCCAUAGCCCGAGCCAUCCUCCGAAACCCCAAAAUGUUGCUCCUGGACGAGGCCACGUCCGCACUCGACACUGAGAGCGAGAAGGUGGUGCAGGAGGCAUUGGACCAGGCCAGUAAGGGCAGGACGUGUAUCAUCGUGGCCCACCGCCUGUCCACUAUCCAAAACGCAGACCGCAUCGCCGUCUUCCAGGGAGGAGUGGUGGUCGAACAGGGGACACAUCAACAGCUGAUGGCCAAGAAGGGAGUCUACAACAUGCUGGUCACCACGCAGAUGGGUCACGGGAGGGAAUAAGAGGACCGGAGGAGGACACAGGGAGCAAUACUACACUGAUUGUUAUUUAUGUCUCCACAGAUAUUUAUGUCUCCCUGCCCAGCUUCAGUGGAACAAUCAAAUGUGUCUUGGCUUGUUUGGACAUUUAAUUAAGUGACCUUUAAACUUUUGUGGGAAUUUGUCUUGCAGCAGUACCUCAUUGGUCACGGAGCGGUGUGUAGAAUUUAGUGGUGGUGAGGAUUGCAGGGUCCAGGAGGUUUUUACAAGGAGCUGAGUUAUACACAGACUUCUCUUACUCUCCAAAAUAAGCAUACACGCCAAUUUAAACAGGCAGAGACUUAAUAAAGCGGUUUAACUUUUUUUUUUUUACAAAAAACAAUGUUUUUCUGGCACUGCUCAUCACAGAAAAGGCUGCUAACUACCAUAACUGACACAAAAAUGUGAAAGGCACUAUCAAGAGCCAGUGUUUGGUUUGUCCGCUCUGGGCUACUGUAGCUGAUUACUCAUGCUUAGGUCCAUGUCUUCUUGUCCAUGUACACUCGUGCUAGUUUAAGGACUUCUUCAAAAUAGCAUGAUGUUCAUUUUGUAAAUUAUGGUCCCAUUUUGCGUUAAAAUCGUCGAUAGAAUUUGUGAUUUAGGGCUUGUGAGAUUCACCACACGCUAAUCCACAGCUCCAUCCUUUCGUCCAAACAUGUUCACAUUUGGCUUCAGAAAACCAAGAUGGACAAACUCGAGGCUUCAAAACAAAUGUCCAUAAAACCAAUUACUGACAUCACAAUGGCAAAAUCCACUUCUGUUCAUUAGUUGCCACUUGUGUGGACUUUAAUCCCAGAAGAUUUUUGGUUUCGUGAUCGUUGGAGAAGCACAGGUUCAAAUGGCAAAAUUAAUGACUGAAUUCCUUUUAGCAGCUUUAGUUUCAGGGUCCUGGUAUUGUUCGUAUCGGCUCACUGCGACACCUGAAUGUUCUGUGCUCCUCUACAAUCACGUCUGCUUUAAAAAAGGCUUAUUGUACUGUACGCUCUUGUGUUUACUUUCUUCUUCCUCCUUGUUUGUGUCUUGUACACUUGGACUUAUUUAUCUUUAUAAUUUCUUCACUGAGAAGCAACUUCUUGUGACCAACACGCCUUAGCUGCUGAUUUCUGGUGCCAUCUUCUGUUAUGUGCAAAAUAUAAAUGUACAACGAUUAAAGUUAACAAUACACUGGAUUAAAUAUGUAUUAUCAAGUAUACCUCUGACACUCAAGAGUUAUGUUCUACAGUUUUUGUAUUUGGGCAAAUUUUUUUAUAAUAACUUUGACUGUCAUGAUGUAUUUUUAUUUUUUACAGUCUUGAGUUAUUGAUUGAUCUUAAGUGCCUGAACAUUUCAGCCCAGGAACAUUUUUAUAUACACAGGGCAUUUUUUGCAUAACUAGGAUCCUAUUUUGUUUCUACAAAUGCCAGCAACUGUACUAACCUUUUUGUAGAAUAUCCUUGUAUGUAUACUAAUAAAAGUUUUAUAUUCAAUUAUUAAGCCUCAUUUUAGCAUCAUCUGACCUCUUGAACAGGACAAUGAAACGUGGAAAUCUCACAUUUUUAUUUGUGGGAACAAUUUUGCUACAUUUCCCCAAAUCACAUACAUUUAGUGUUUUUUUACAAUAAAAAUGUACUUCAAUGUAUUAUACUGAGCUAUUUUCAUUUAGAUAUUUAAAGGAAGUGCUAUCUUAAUCACAUUUUUGCCAUUUCCAAAAGCUUUGCUGACUGAUUCCAGAUUAGGCUUUAAAUGCAAACAGUUUUUAAGGCUCAUCUAUGUUUUACAGCAGUCGUCCUAAAAGAAAGUGACAAACAUUCAUCUUUAAUUUGACAGACAGAGAACACAGAAAAAGGAACGCU